CUCAAGGAGGAAUCUGAAAGAGAAGAGUGGCAUAAAGAGAGGUCUCUUGGAUUUGAGUAAUGUCUUCUCUAAAGCUCCACCACCAGGAAACAAAGCAUUUUAUCUGAAAGUCAGCCACCAAUAUUAAUGGAGAGCUCAUUGCACGUUGAAAACCUCGGCCAGAGAAUGGAAUAGAAUCCUGCAGAUUCAGGAUUUGGGUUUAGAAAGACUACAGGCCCCAACAUGCAAUUUCACCUUCCAAAGACUAUCACUCCCAACAAGCAGUGCAUCCAGGGUUAGCAAAGGAAAAGAACUGGCUGGAUACUGCCAACCCCGCGGCAAAGUGCCUUCGUGCUAUCCUCAGGCAAAGGAAUGAUUAGAAAGUGCCCCGGAGGAUUUUUUUUGCGGGAGUGGUCACUCCCGAAAUUCAGGCAAGGAAGAGGAGGAGUCUGAGCCGCGUCCCGCCCUUCUCCAGUAAACUUGUCGCUCCAGGUUUGGCGCUGGGAGUUCGAAGGCCCAGGAGCAGCGGCACAGCUCGAGCUUUCGCCAUGGUUUCGGUGACCAGAGCCGUGUUUGGGGAACUGCCCUUGGGGGCAGGGACGGUGGAGAAGUUCCAGCUGCAGUCAGACCAGCUAAGAGUGGACAUCAUGUCCUGGGGCUGCACCAUCACGGCCCUGGAGGUAAAAGACAGGCAGGGCAGAGCCUCAGACGUGGUGCUCGGCUUUGCCGAGUUGGAAGGGUACUUCCAAAAGCAGCCCUACUUUGGAGCAGUGGUUGGAAGGGUGGCCAACCGAAUUGCCAAAGGAACAUUCAUGUUGGAUGGGAAGGAGUAUAAACUGGCCAUUAACAACGGGCCCAACAGCCUGCAUGGAGGUGUCAGAGGGUUUGACAAGGUCCUCUGGACCCCUCGGGUGCUGUCAAAUGGCGUGGAGUUCUCGCGGGUCAGCCCAGAUGGAGAAGAAGGUUACCCCGGAGAGUUAAAAGUCUGGGUGACAUACACGCUGGAUGGCGGGGAGCUCGUGGUCAACUAUCGAGCACAAGCCAGUCAGACUACACCAGUCAAUCUGACCAACCAUUCUUACUUCAACCUGGCAGGCCAGGGUUCCCCAAAUAUAUAUGACCAUGAAGUCACUAUAGAAGCUGAUGCUUUUUUGCCUGUGGAUGAAAGCCUGAUUCCUACAGGAGAAGUUGCUCCAGUGCAAGGAACUGCAUUUGACCUGAGGAAGCCAGUGGAGCUUGGAAAACAUCUGCAGGAGUUCCACAUCAAUGGCUUUGACCACAAUUUCUGUCUAAAGGGAUCUAAAGAAAAGCAUUUUUGUGCACGGGUCCAUCAUGCUGGAAGUGGGCGGGUACUGGAAGUGUACACCACCCAGCCUGGGGUGCAGUUUUACACGGGCAACUUCCUGGACGGCACGCUGAAGGGCAAGAGUGGAGCGGUCUAUCCCAAGCACUCCGGUUUCUGCCUCGAGACUCAGAACUGGCCUGAUGCAGUCAAUCAGCCCCACUUCCCUCCUGUGCUGCUGAAGCCUGGCGAGGACUAUGACCACACCACUUGGUUCAAGUUUUCUGUGGCUUAAGGAAGUGUGAAGACCUGCUCCAGGGCCAGGCUGGGACCCCCUCCAGCAGCCUGUCUCCUAUGCAGAGAUGAGAUGAAGAUUUAGAGGCGCUAAAUGUGAUCUGGUGAAUUAAAAUCAUACAAAUGGUAGCUGUCAUGAUCAUCAGUCUGAAUAUCGAUUUUCUUUUCCAAUGACUGGCUCUAAGCCAGGUCUAAUGACCAGUUUUGUUCUGUGUAGUGAAGAGGUCCCAACCACCAAUGUCAUCAUCUAAGCACUGACCCUAGCCUAGAAGUGGUACCCAGGCUCCUUGUGCUCUGUUAGCUCCAUCUCUCUACCCUUCCUGUUUCUUUCUACUUCUCACCCUUCCUUUGAUCCUACUCUCAUUCCUUUUCUUUCCCUCCUUCCCUACCUCAAACCACUUUGCCCUGUGCAGCACUUAGGUUUCAGAGUUCACUGAGCUCAUGCAACAUGCUGGCAGAGGGAUAUCUCUGCCUUAUUAAGGCAGUAGACUGAGAAGUGAGCCAGCUGGGACUUAGAGAGGGUUAAAUGACCCACCUAUAAAGGCACCCAGCUAGGAAAAAUUUUAGCCAGGACUUGAGGUCAGGUCAUGUGAAUUCAAGUCCCCUUCUCUGCCUCCACUUUAGUCUUCCAGAGCAUUUCUUGGGUCCCUGAUGGACAAAGAGGGGUCUGACCCUUACUCUGUUAGAGCCAGCCUUUCCUCCAAGAUUCACUUUUAUAAGAAGCAUUAGUCUGAGUUUAACUGUCUGUGUGCCUUACUCAUGGUAGGACUUAAAAGUGCAGGAUCAAAAUAUCCAGGAAGAAUCUGUAAUUUUGAGUCUCUGUCUUUGGGGUUAACUGAGAAAGCCUAGCCCAGCCAAGGCAUGGGAAGGAAGCUGUUGGAGACAUUAGCUGUGUUACUGUGAAGAAAGGACCUUAGUUGAGGACUGCACAUUGCACCUGAAGCAGACGUUGUAUUAUGUAACUGAGACAGGGGGGCUCCUUCCUUUCCUGAACAACUGCAUCAACAGUGAUGGGUUUGGGUUGGUGGCUUUUAAAGAAAUGUGUCUUACACUAUUAUACACUAACAAUCAGUUGAAAUAAAACCAAAAUCUGCACCUUCAGAAGA